CCUCUGAGCUAACUCCUGUUAGCCGUGUGAUGCUAGUUUAGCCCUGAGCUGACCUUCCGGGAGCGAGAAGACUCACAAAAUGUGACUCUUUUUCUACACCUUUAUCAUAGCUGGCUAUUUAACUGUGUUGGGAAUGUCUGCGUUUAGCCUCGCUGUCUCACGCACCUCCUGUGGUGUGUCACCGAAGAUCAUUCGGUCCACAUGUAAACUGUUAUCAAAUGACGGACAUUCAGCAACAAACGUGGAGAAGAAGUUUCACAGGAGGAGCUGCUGCAUUCUUAAUGUAAGGCGUCUGUACAGCUCACAACCACAUCACCCGAAGGUACCACAGCAGCCAACAUGGGAGGCAGUACCAGAGGACCAGCUUCCCCCGCCUGCCCAGAUCCCUGCAGACCUGGUGGACAAACUGGAGAGACUGGCCUUGGUUGACUUCCGCACCAAGCAGGGGCUGGAGUGUUUGGAGAAAGCCAUACGGUUUGCAGAUCAGCUUCAUGUUGUUGACACGACAGGGGUUGAACCGAUGGAUUCAGUUCUGGAGGACAGGGCUUUAUACUUGAGGGGCGACACAGUGAAGGAAGGUGACUGUGCUGAAGAACUGCUUCAGCUCUCAAAAAAAACAGUUGAAGAAUAUUUUGUGGCACCACCAGGAAAUAUUCCUCUACCGAGGAGGGAGGAGAGGGCUGCCAUGCUGAAACACUCAGAGUUGUGAUGUUAAUGAAUUUGCUGUUUCAUAUUUAUUACAAUGCUUUCUUUUUAUUUGAAGACUGGAAGGUUCUUUCAGGAUCUGCAGCAUGUGUCCUGCUUCUCUGCAGUCAAAAAUAAUUUAUGAAAAACUGUACAGCAGAUUCACAUGUUCUGCAACAGGAAAAAUAAAAAGCUGCUUGUCAUUGACACAGA